AUGGUCCUUCAGGCGGAUACGAUUAUUGAAAGUAAACAAAAUGAUGUAUUCUGGUUUUUACAGCUCGCUAUAACUGAAGCAUUCAGACGUCGACGUCUUCCUACGCUUUUGAGUAUAAUAAAAUUCACCAACUUAUGUCGUCAUUUUAAAAUGUUAUCGAUCAUACCUGAUUUUUAUGAACGUCAUAAUGCUGUAAAUAAUCACUAUUUGUUUGGUAUUUCAAGAAUGUCAAGAAUGUCUCUAUUUCAUUUGAGUAGUCAAAUAAUAAUUAUUGACUAA